AGUGCAGCGCCCGCCGCGUCCCGCCCCUCGGGCCCGCAGGACGCGGGAGGAAGCGGGGUCCGCGCGGGGCGCGGGCGGAGGCGGAGGCGGAGGCGGAGGCAGAGCGCGCGCCGAGGUCGCCGCAGCCAUGGUCGCUGCGCACGCUGCCCAUUCUUCCUCCUCCGCCGAGUGGAUCGCCUGCCUGGAUAAAAGACCAUUGGAACGAUCCAGUGAAGAUGUGGAUAUAAUCUUCACACGACUGAAAGAAGUUAAAGCUUUUGAGAAGUUUCACCCAAACCUCCUUCAUCAGAUCUGUUUAUGCGGUUAUUAUGAGAACCUGGAAAAAGGAAUAACAUUAUUUCGCCAGGGUGAUAUUGGAACAAACUGGUACGCUGUGCUGGCAGGAUCUUUGGAUGUCAAAGUGUCUGAAACCAGCAGUCACCAGGAUGCGGUGACCAUCUGUACCCUGGGGAUUGGGACAGCCUUUGGAGAGUCCAUUCUGGACAACACGCCCCGCCAUGCCACCAUCGUUACCAGGGAGAGCAGUGAACUGCUCCGCAUUGAGCAGAAGGACUUCAAGGCACUAUGGGAGAAAUAUCGACAGUAUAUGGCAGGACUUCUGGCUCCUCCUUAUGGUGUUAUGGAAACGGGCUCUAACAAUGACAGGAUUCCUGACAAGGAGAAUACACCUCUCAUUGAACCUCACGUUCCUCUCCGUCCUGCUAACACCAUUACCAAGGUUCCUUCAGAGAAGAUCCUCAGAGCUGGAAAAAUUUUACGGAAUGCCAUCCUCUCUCGAGCACCUCACAUGAUAAGAGACAGGAAAUACCACCUAAAGACAUACCGACAAUGCUGCGUCGGCACCGAGCUGGUGGACUGGAUGCUGCAGCAGACUCCGUGUGUUCAUUCUCGGACUCAGGCUGUCGGCAUGUGGCAAGUCCUGUUAGAAGACGGUGUCCUCAACCACGUGGAUCAGGAGCACCAUUUCCAAGACAAAUAUUUAUUCUAUCGAUUUCUGGAUGAUGAGCAUGAGGAUGCCCCUUUGCCUACUGAGGAGGAGAAGAAGGAGUGUGACGAGGAGCUCCAGGACACCAUGCUGCUGCUGUCCCAGAUGGGCCCCGAUGCCCACAUGAGGAUGAUUCUGCGCAAACCACCUGGCCAGAGGACUGUAGAUGACCUCGAGAUUAUCUAUGAAGAGCUCCUGCAUAUCAAAGCCUUAUCGCAUCUGUCUACCACAGUGAAACGGGAGCUAGCUGGUGUUCUCAUCUUUGAGUCACAUGCCAAAGGAGGGACAGUGUUAUUUAACCAGGGAGAAGAAGGUACCUCCUGGUACAUUAUUCUAAAAGGAUCGGUGAAUGUAGUCAUUUAUGGCAAGGGUGUGGUCUGCACCCUGCAUGAGGGAGAUGAUUUCGGCAAGUUAGCACUAGUGAAUGAUGCUCCUCGUGCUGCCUCUAUUGUCUUGCGAGAAGAUAAUUGUCAUUUCUUAAGAGUUGACAAGGAAGAUUUCAACCGGAUCCUGAGGGACGUUGAGGCGAAUACAGUCAGACUUAAAGAACAUGACCAAGAUGUAUUGGUACUGGAGAAGGUCCCAGCAGGGAGCAGAGCUUCUAAUCAAGGAAACUCACAGCCUCAGCAAAAGUAUACUGUGAUGUCAGGAACACCUGAAAAAAUUUUAGAACAUUUUCUAGAAACAAUACGCCUUGAACCAGCUUUAAAUGAAGCAACAGAUUCUAUUUUAAAUGACUUCAUUAUGAUGCACUGUGUUUUUAUGCCAAAUACCCAGCUGUGCCCUGCCCUGGUGGCCCAUUACCACGCCCAGCCUUCCCAAGGUACAGAGCAGGAAAAAUUGGAUUAUGCCCUCAACAAUAAGAGACGAGUCAUCCGCCUGGUUCUUCAGUGGGCUUCCACAUAUGGGGACCUCCUCCAAGAAGAUGACGUGGCCAUGGCUUUCCUGGAGGAGUUUUAUGUGUCUGUAUCAGAUGAUGCCCGGAUGAUUGCUGCCCUCAAGGAGCAACUGCCAGAACUGGAGAGGAUCGUCAAGCAAAUCUCAGAAGAUGCAAAGGCCCCUCAAAAGAAGCACAAGGUUCUUUUGCAACAAUUCAACACGAGCGAUGAGAGGGCCCAGAAGCGCCAGCCGAUCCGAGGCUCUGAUGAGGUUUUGUUCAAGGUCUAUUGCAUGGACCACACCUACACCACCAUUCGGGUGCCGGUGGCUGCCUCCGUGAAGGAAGUCAUCAGCGCAGUGGCCGACAAGUUGGGCUCUGGGGAAGGCCUGAUCAUAGUCAAAAUGAGCUCCGGAGGAGAAAAGGUGGUGCUCAAACCUAAUGAUGUUUCAGUAUUUACGACGCUCACCAUUAAUGGACGCCUGUUUGCUUGCCCGAGAGAGCAAUUCGAUUCACUGACUCCCUUACCGGAACAAGAAGGCCCAACUGUCGGAACAGUGGGGACUUUUGAACUGAUGAGCUCCAAAGACUUGGCAUACCAGAUGACGAUUUAUGAUUGGGAACUCUUCAACUGUGUGCACGAGCUGGAGCUAAUCUAUCACACAUUUGGAAGGCAUAAUUUUAAAAAGACCACAGCAAACUUGGACUUGUUCCUGAGGAGAUUUAAUGAAAUUCAGUUUUGGGUUGUCACUGAGAUCUGCCUUUGUUCCCAGCUCAGCAAGCGUGUUCAGCUCCUAAAGAAAUUUAUUAAGAUAGCAGCCCACUGUAAGGAGUACAAAAACCUGAAUUCUUUUUUCGCCAUCGUCAUGGGACUGAGUAACGUGGCUGUGAGCCGCUUGGCACUCACAUGGGAGAAACUGCCGAGCAAGUUCAAGAAGUUCUAUGCAGAGUUUGAAAGUUUAAUGGAUCCUUCGAGAAACCACAGGGCCUACAGGCUGACAGCAGCCAAGCUGGAGCCUCCUCUCAUCCCCUUCAUGCCUUUGCUCAUCAAAGAUAUGACAUUUACUCAUGAGGGGAACAAGACGUUCAUUGACAAUCUAGUAAACUUUGAAAAAAUGCGAAUGAUUGCAAAUACCGCCAGAACCGUGAGAUACUACCGGAGUCAGCCGUUCAGUCCUGAUGCAGCACAAGCUAAUAAGAACCAUCAGGAUGUCCGGAGUUAUGUACGGCAAUUAAAUGUGAUUGACAACCAGAGAACUUUAUCACAGAUGUCACACAGAUUAGAGCCUCGUCGGCCAUAGACAUCUAAAGUGCCCAGAGCGAUGGUUUGUCUCCAGUCCACAAUCAAGUUUCAAAAAUGCCAUUUAUGCUACUACUGAUUGUAGUGCCACUAGGGAAUUCUACGAAAGAAACAAAGACACAUCCUGAGACACCUCAGGGCCGCUUUCAGCUUCACCAACUACACGGCGAGAGAAGAAAUUAUUUGACUUCCAUAAAGCUUAUAUAUUAUAGCUUAGUAAUUCCCUAUCAAUGAUCACUCUAUUUCAUUUCCAGUUGUCCUGUAUUCGUAUGGCCUACACGAAGAGCCUGAUAGAAAUACCAAGCUCCUGGCCCUUAUCUAAGAGUAUACAGGACGCGAUGUGCUAUAAAUGGGAUUGAUUUGGACACGUCAGUGGUGACUAUAGUUUCAUAAUAUUUAGCUCAACAUCUUGAUUUGGAGCUCAGAGUUUAGAGCAGGUAUUGAGGAAUCUGCGUAAGUCCAAAUUAUAGGUUUUAUUCUUCCAUCCUCAUAGACUUACCUCUAAAAGAAUAGAGCCUGCCCACAUUACUAUGAAACAUUUUGACUAUUGAUGGAAGUUAGGGAGGACUGGCCUGUAAUUCCUGAAUGGUGAAUAGAUUAAUAUUUAUGUUUACAGUAUAACUUUUUAAAUUUACAAAUCAGAAUUACCUGCAUAACAAUUCCACCAAGAAACAUCAUGGUUCUUAAAAUUGCCAAUGUUAAGAUAGGAAAUAACAUUUCAGAAGAGCACAAUAUGCACAAAACAUUUUCCAAAAUUGAAAUAUUUUCCUGGGCAUUAAAAACCUUUCAGCUAAAAUUUAUUGUUACUGAUGGAAAAAAAAAAGCAUAUUUUCUGGAUUUAAAUGUUAUUACAAAUGUCUUAAUUUUCAAUAAUUGUUUUGCACUUUCAAAUAGAUUGUAAAUAGUUCAUUCAAUCAAUGGUAUAGAGUUAUUUAUUUGCUACAUAAUAGAUAUUGUGCCAAAUACUUUUUAUUUAUUUUAUUUAGUAUGUAAUUUUGGAGUACAUUUUUUCUGUCCUCACAGUCAGAUUACAUUUAAUGUGUAAGAAUUGUAUGUAUGUAUAUCUUCUGUAAAUAACACAUAGUAUCUUCAUUAAAUAUACUUGUUGACAAGAAAUAGUUGUGUUCUUUACAUUUUUGGUUCCUAUGAACAGUGUGACUAUUUGGUACACCAGUUGCUUUAUUUUUAUUUAUUUUUAUUUAUUUAUUUAUUUAUUUAUUUUUGUCUUUUUCGUUUUUAUCGGUACCGGGGAUCGAACUCAACGACUGCCUGCUUGCAAGGCAGAUGCUUCUGCCGCUGAGCUAAAUCCCCAGCACCACCAGUUGCUUUAUUAUUGUUAUUAAUUUCCUUGCUCUAGCCCUCCUCUCCUGGUUUCCUUUAGUGCUGAGGAUUGAACCCAGGGUCUGAUGCAUGUUAAGGCAACACCCUCAGCCUGUUUUUUUUUUUUUUUAAUUAGAAUAAGUUCACAUACUGAAAUUCACCCUAUUAAAGUGAAUAAACUGGGCAUGAUAGUACACACCUGUAAUCCAGGCAUUUGGGAGACUGAGGCAGGAGGAUUACCAUGAGUUUAAGACCAGCCUGAGCUCUAUAAUGAAUUCAAGGCCAACCUGAACUACAUAGCAAGACUCUGUCUCAGAAAAAUAAAUGAACUUCACAACCCAUUGGUUUCUGGUAUAUUCAUAAGGUUAUAAAACCAUGGUCGCUAUCUAACAUCUUAUCCGUAAAAGAACUGCAUACUCAUCAGCCUUGCCCCCAUUCUCCAUCACCUGGUAACUACUAAUCAUCUGCUUUCUGUCCCUAUGGACUUACUCUGGACAUUUCAGAUAAAGGGAUUCGUACAGUAUUAGGUCUUUUGUGUCCAAUUUCUUUCACUUAACAAGAUGUUUUCAAAGUUGCAAUGUGGUAAAAUGAACCCAUGUGAUAACUGGUGUCAGUAUUUAGUUCCUCUUUUAUACCACAUUCUGUUCACUAUGUGAGGAACAUUUGAUGGUUGUUUGUAUUUUUGUUUGUAUUUGAUGCUGCCAUAAAGAGGCACUGGAUUACUGAACUUGCUGGUGCGGGACCUCAUACCAUUUCUCAGUGUAAAAUUCUUUAAAUUCCGGAUAUGCCUCUACUUUUUAGUGAGUCAGGGUUUCCAGAGUGUGCUCCAGGAUAUCCUAGUCUCACAAAUUCAUGCUGCAAAGCCAAAAAAAAGUGUCAUCGUCAAAUAAAUCUGGGGACUGCAUUCAUUUAUAUAAUAUUUAUAUAAUUCAAGGACCUCAGGAGCAAGGGUGUUGUGCUUUGCAGUAUUAUCUUAUUAUCUCUUCUAAGAAAGUACAAUACCAGAGAUUCUAUAUAUAUUGUAUUUUUUAAGUUACAAUACAUUUUCUUGAAGUCUUUAUUGUUCAGCAUUUGACUGUAUCAUAGACCUCACUCAGCUGCAUUUUCCAUAAUUACACAUCUCUAGCUAAUUUACAAAUGAUAAUAAAUAUAUAAUUGAAAGCCCA